AUGGUUUGUGCAAAGUGGACCAAACGUGCGGCAGAGCUUUCUGAGGAUGAAAAGAAGCUUAAGAGCUCCCUCCCAGAUUAUGCCCGGAAAAUUGUCCUGCCAAAAAGGAUCUUAUUGUGGCGUGAAAUUCUAGAGGAUCUCAAGUAUCCGGAUGUUGGAGUGCUAGAUGAAAUGCUGGAAGGAGUGCACCUGACGGGUCAGACCCCUUGCACUGGAGUCUUUCCGGGAGCUUUUAAGCCAGCAAAACAGACUUCGGAACAGCUACGCUCCAAGGCCAGCGAGUCCCGCCAGAAGAUCCUUGAUGCGAUUAAAUCGCAGGGGCACCUGGAUGAGGCGCUGGAACAAAAGGUCGACGAAGAGGUGGAGCUUGGCUGGCUGUCCGAGCCAAUAGACCCUGCCGAUUUGCCGGAAGGCGCCACAAUCAGCAGGAGGUUUGCGAUCGAACAGUCGGGCAAGAUUCGCUUGAUAGAUGACCUUAGCGACAGUGGUGUCAAUGGUUCCGUCCAAACCACCGAGAGCCCCAAGCCUCAAUCCCUCGAUGUGGUCGCUGCUAUGGCCUUGGCUUGCCUCAGGAAGCUGUCCGGGAUCCCCAUGCUAGGGAAAACGUUCGACCUGAAGAGUGCAUACAGGCAAAUGUUUGUGUCGCCGGAAGACCUCAAGGAGGCCUACAUUGCUUACUUCAGCCACCGCGAGGGUCGAGUGAUUGUAAGGCAGAUGCUUGCGCUCCCGUUCGGAGCAACUAGGGCGGUGUUCUCUUACUUGAGAGUGGCACAUUCUAUGUGGUACAUCGGGUGCUGGGCGCUGAAACUGAUAUGGUCGCACUUCUUUGACGACUUCUUAAGCCUGGCGACUCAGGUCGAAGCCAAAGCAGUCGGCCUAGCAAUCUCUUCAUUGUCCAGGUUGCUGGGAUGGAAGGUCUCAGAGGACAAGGACAAACCCUUUGCCGAGAGUUUUGCUGCGCUUGGGGUACGGGUUAGUUUCGAAAGGUUCUUGCAAGGGGAAGUUCUCUUCCAUAACACGGAAAAGCGUAUCUUAGAGGUUUCAGCCACAUUGCGCCGCGCAGCUGACGAUCCAGCCCUCACCCAGAAGGACCUCUCACGCAUUCGGGGUCGCAUGGUCUUUGCAGGGGGCCAGCUCUUCGGGAGAGCCGGCCGGUUAUGCGUGGCCGCCCUGGCUGGUGAAAGCUGCUCGACCAAAGCAAACCUCAGCAACGAUGCAAAGCAAGCUAUGCUCCAGUUUGCCGACCUGCUUGAGGCCAACUGGCCGCGCGUGCUUAAAGAUGUGUCAGCAAAUCCGGUGUACAUCUUCACUGAUGCUUCGUAUUCCGAAACGAGUGGAGGUACUUUCUGCGGUAUAGGUGGAGUCUGCUUCGACCACGAAGGCCGCCCCCUUGGAUUUUUCUCCGAGGAACUUUCUAGUUUCCAGAAACGUCUUCUAGGAGAGGGCAGGUCCAAGACCAUCAUCUUCGAGGCAGAACUUGCAACAAUCGUGGUCGCAUAUGUCCUAUGGAAAGAUUGGCUUAGGGGGAGGCCCACUGUGAUUUUUGUGGACAAUAACUCCGCUAGAGACGUGUCAAUCAGUGGCACCUCACCGAAUGAUGUGGGCAAGUCACUUGCAUCACUUCUUUUAACGGUGGAAUCCUUAGCCAAGACCUUUUCGUGGUUCGCGCGUGUCCCAUCGCCAUCGAACAUAGCAGACACGCCUUCACGUGAAGUGCUGAAAAGCUUUACAGUGUCAGGUCGGCCCGUCCCUCAUUUCCCAUGCGAGAACAUUGUUUCAGAAGUUCUGGGCAUUUUGGUUAAGUAA